UAAAGUGUCACUGCACUGUCACUGCCAACUGUUAUUGUGGCUGUCAGGCUCCAUCUUAUCUUUCUCUGUUAAUUUUUAUUAUUUGAAUAAUCUAGAUCUACGUCUAUUUCUGAGAAUCUAUUAUUGUGAAGACAAGUGAAAUUUAUAUUCACCAAGAAAUUGAAAUCUAGUUCGGUGAUUUCAAAAUUAUUUGUAAUUUUAUACCUACAUAAGGAACUGAGGAUUGGAUGAAGAGGAAGACCACACGUAAACAAAGGUGUAAAACAUAAAAUACAACGAGAUUAGGUUCUACACCUGAUCAAAGAUUGCAAAAAUGGACCCGUAUCCAUUAAAUGACGUAAUUGAUCUCACAAAUCUUGCUGACUCGUUUACGGACGGAUCACGGACCCAACAUAACCCUGAUGAAGUGAUUGAAUUAGAUAUAGAUUCGGAAGAAUCUUCCGAAUCUAUAUAUAAUGAUAGGGAUCUAUCCGACAACGUUAUAUUUGGAGAAGAAAAUACAAUGGAAGAACUUAUGAACCUCGAAAUUUAUAAAAAUCCUAAGGAGAGAGCAGCAAAACUGAGAAAAUCUGUAAGAAGAAGAGGGAUAGAGCAUGCGCUAAGAAUGGAAAGACUAAAAAAUAUAGAGGAAGCAACUUUAAGGCUCGAACAAGAAACAGAUAAAGAGAAAGCAAGAAAUACAAAACGAGCUGUGAGAGAAAAAUUACGUGCAAUGAGAAAUAAACGAGACAAGUGUACAAUGUGUAACAAUUUACCAAAAGAAACUACAUUUGGGAGUUGUCCCAUAUGUUGGGAGGAGUUAGGGGACGAACCAAUGGCUUCAACAACUUGUGGGCAUGUGUUUUGCAUAGAAUGUAUACGUAGAUAUCUUAGCCAUGAUCCAAAAUGCCCCACUUGCAGACAUGAGUUAGUAGGACCCAAUGUAUAUCAUCCACUUUAUUUAAGCCAAGGAACAUAAGUCAAUAUAUUUCAUAAUUUUUUAGCACAUACUGGAUUAAAUAUUGGUCGUUUUGAUCAGGACCACGGGACAAUAUCAAUUUGUAAAAUUUAAAAUCUUCAAUCAUUUCUCGCAUAAACCUGUCAAGCAUUAGUGUCCCGAAAUGAACUGAGCGAGCCGCUCAGACCGACUAGGAACAAUGAUCUAAAUUGAGUUAAAAUAUAUUUUCCUGUUGUAACUAAUAUCAUAGUGGCCCGGAGGUUUAAGGCGCGCUCUUCUUAUGCAUA